AUGUGGGCAAGCUGUUGUAACUGGUUCUGUCUGGAUGGCUCACCCGAGGAGAUGCAGCCACCGCCGCAGCAGGGAGCCAGAGCCCAGGCCUACUCCAACCCCGGCUACAGCUCCUACCCGUCCCCCACCGCGUCCGAGCAGAGCUGCAAGGCCUGCAGGGUGCCCUUCGACGGCUCCUCCAGGAAGCACAUCUGCCUGGACUGCAAGAAGAACUUCUGCACGGCCUGCUCCAACCAGCCCGCGGGAGGUCCCCUCCUCUGCCACCUGUGCCAGCGCUUCCGAGCCACGGCUUUCCAGCGGGCGGAGCUGAUCAAGAUGAAGGUGAAGGAUCUGCGAGACUAUUUGGCGCUCCGUGAAAUAUCCACAGAGCUGUGCCGCGAAAAGGAGGACCUGGUAUUCCUGAUCCUUGGCCAGCAGCCUGUGAUUACCCAGGAAGAUCAGAUAAGAACAAAUCCAUUUAAUACCAGUGCCUCUGGACAGCAAGACUUUGUGAUCUUCCCACCAACCAGCACAGCAUCUUCUACCUCACACGAAGCAUCUCCCGUGUCUGCAGAUCCCGCCUCGAGUUCGCUCGCUCAGGAACAUCCACAGGCAAAUGGUUACGUGCCUCCAGGCCAAGUGGGAACAACAGGAGUUGAGAAUGCAGCAGAAGCACCGGCAGAGGAGGAGACGCAGUCGACGGACUCGGAAGAUAACCUGGUGCAGGGGAGGAAGGCUUCUCUUUCCGAUCUGACCAGCAUUGGGGACAUCAACGCGCUCUCUGUGCGACAGCUGAAGGAAAUCCUUGCUCGCAACUUUGUCAACUACAAAGGCUGCUGCGAAAAGUGGGAGCUGCUAGAGAGGGUGACUCGUCUCUAUAAAGAGAAAGACCUUCAACACCUAGUUUCUGACACUGACGAUCAAGCUGGUGGGGCCGGGCUCCCUGGCACCGAGGACAACCUCUGCAAAAUCUGCAUGGAUGCUGCCAUUGACUGCGUCCUGCUGGAGUGCGGCCACAUGGUCACUUGCACCAAGUGCGGCAAGCGGAUGAGUGAAUGUCCCAUAUGCAGGCAGUACGUGAUAAGGGCUGUCCACGUCUUCAAGUCUUAA